AUGGAGUGUACAGCGUCGAGUGCUGCUCGGCUCAUGAAGUGGCUAGACAAUGACAGUAAUUCCAGCUCUGACAGCUCAUCGAGUUGUGAAGUAGAAGACAACACAGUCGCUGGCCACUCGGACAAAGCGCAGAGCUUCGUGUCACCAGUAAAGCAGACCGAGCAAGCAGUUGAGAUCAUUGUAAUCAGUUCUGGCGAUGAAAGCUCUGACUUGGACGACGCAGGUGCAGCUGAGGCCAAAGUGAAGCGAACGGCAUGUGAAAAUGGCGCUAAAGCUGCAGCAACAAUCGCGCCUUCCGUGAAGGAAAUGAAACGGCGAUGGGACGAAUGCAAGCAGGUCAUGCAGAAAGAGUCACUUGAAGAAGACGCACCUGCGGACCAACCAGCUAUUGAAAUUGACGGCAUUCUGGCUGCGGCCAUCGAAGAGUACUCCAAGCUGGAAGACGGCGAUCAUCAAGCCGGUCACGAGAGUCACGAAACGUGGAUCGGAGAGGAUCUAAUCGAAGGCGGAGACGGAGAUUCAGUGAUUGAGAGGAUGCCGCCAGAACUGGAGCCCGAUCAACAGCGCGAUCAAAUUCUCACAGCACGCGAAGCAGGCACGCAAUGGCUGCGAUCCAACGAGUACGACGGCGAUGUGGAUUCUGAGCUUGGUACCAGCGAGGAUGACAAGCACUUCGAAGCCAAGAUUGAUGGCAACCGCAAGGGGGUUGGACGACUGGUAUCAAUUGGGAAAGACGUGCAGUGUAGACGACCAGAGCAGCUCGAGCUGGAGAAGAGCAAAUCGAUGCUGGUGGCUGAGCCUCCUCUCCAUCCUCACAUCAAGAAAUCAAAGAAUCAGCAAGAGCUAUCGCGAAUCUCGCAAAAGCCAUUCGGUAAAAUCGAGGUGAAGGUAAAACAGCGAAAGCCACCAAGAAUCUCGCAAAACCCUCUCGGCCAAAUCGCAAUCAAGACGAAGCUGAGAGAGGAAUUAGUACCGGUUCAAGCGCUGAGCCCGUUCAAGAGCAAAGGCAUUCUCAAAACUUCAUCGGUCGCAAAGAAGUUUCGUGGACAGCAUACACAAGACAGGACAGCAAAAGGUAGAAUUUCCAAAAAGCAGCUCACGGCACUUGUCCCGAAGAUGGAACUGUCAGGCAGGCAGCAGCUGCUCAACUCUCAAGUCAAGCUACGCAAAGGGAAGAGUAUUGGACAUCAAGACCGAAGCGUUCGAGCUACGGAUUCCAAUGGCAAGACGAAACUUGCACGUCGGAACAAACGCAGAAGGCAGAACAAGAGCAGAAAGAAAAGAGGCGCCUCAAUUGAAUCAUAA